UUAAAAGAAUAUUGGCAGAGAAACAGCCCUGGUGGUCCAGCAGGAGCGAAGAAGAACAGGAAAACAAACGGCAGUAGCCCUGAGACAGCCACUUCUGGUGGUUGCCACUCACCUGGGGAUUCAGCAACAGGUAUCGACGGAGAGGGCCCUACGUCAUCUGCACCCCUCAAGGAUCUGGAGAGCCUGUGCCAAGAACUACCAGCAGCCCUGGACUCAAGGUCCGUAAAAAUCAAUCAACUGAAUAACAUCAUCAAAUCUUUGGAACAACAGAAGAAACAAGUGGAACAUCAGCUGGAAGAAGUAAUGUGAUUUGUUUCCUUGCGAUGUGACCGCUGGGUUUGGGGGGCACUC